AUGGCCCUGGAUUCGCAGAUCUCGUCGCAUAUUUGCGGUAUAAUAGAUAAAGCCUGUGAAGAUCAACAGUCGGGUAUCCCUGAAGUCACCGUUGUGGUUGUCAACAAAAAUGGCGACGAGCUCUUGGCCCACUCUGCCGGUAACUGGGGCAAGGCAUCCAAGGACUCCAUGACUCUAGAUAAUAUAUUCUGGAUAGCGUCGUGCACAAAUAUGUUGGUUCGUAUUGCUUGUAUGCAACUGGUUGAACAGGGUAUUCUCAAGCUGGAUGAUGGGGUACCAACAGAGAACCUUUGCCCUGAACUGAGAAGCCUCAAGGUCUUGCAGCCAGAUGGCAGCUGCGAAGAGAAGAAGCGUGCAAUCACGCUCCGCAUGCUCCUGACUCACACUGCUGGCUUUGGAUAUAACUUCUUCAACGAACGACUGAAGCAGUAA